CAACAUCCUUAGCCUUUUACCUUUAUUUAUUUUAUUCUGUUCCUCUAACGUGCAUCUCUUAUCUAAUUUCUAAAGUAAAGAAUCUAGUAUCUUGCACUGUAUAGUCAUGACGCAAAGUAUAUUACAUAUCUUCUUAUUACAAGCUUAAAACCACACGCAUACAAUCAUAAAGAAAGAAAGAGACAGUCAACAAUAAUGGAGGAUGGGAUAGAGCACCGUACGGUGAAUGUGAAUGGCAUAAACAUGCACAUAGCUGAGAAGGGUGAAGGGCCUCUCAUCCUAUUCAUCCAUGGCUUCCCAGACCUAUGGUACUCGUGGCGCCACCAGAUAGCCUUCUUUGCAUCCCGAGGGUACCGCUGCGUGGCCCCCGACCUCCGCGGCUUCGGUGACAGCGAUGCACCCAGCAGCCCGAGCGCCUACACGAGCCUCCACAUCGUGGGAGACCUCAUCGGGCUGCUGGAUGCAGUAGCCGGAGAGGAGGAGAAGGUGUUUGUGGUUGGACAUGACUGGGGAGCCUUGACUGCUUGGAGCCUCUGCAUGUAUCGGCCUGAGAGAGUGAAGGCUCUUGUUAACUUGAGCGUUGCCUUCACUCCCAGACACCCCAUGCGAAAGCCCCUUCAAACCUUGAGAGCUGUUUAUGGCAACGACUACUACAUCUGCAGGUUUCAGGGGAACCCUGGUCCGCUUUAUCUGCCUAAGGGUAAAGGCUUUGGCCAUCCAACUGAAUCUCCCAUUCUGUUGCCAUCAUGGCUUUCUGAACAAGAAUGCAAAUACUAUGCCUCUAAAUAUCAAAAGACUGGCUUCACUGGGGGAUUCAACUACUAUAGGAGUUUGGAUCUAAACUGGGAGCUGACUGCACCGUGGACUGGUGCUCAAAUCAAAGUUCCGGUGAAGUUUGUGGUGGGGGAUGUUGACCUGACAUACAACGCGCCGGGCGCCAAGGACUACAUUCACAAAGGAGGCUUCAAAAGAGAUGUGCCGCUUCUGGAGGAGGUGGUUGUUCUUGAAGGUGCAGGCCACUUCCUCCACCAAGAAAGGCCUCAUGAAAUCAACAAACACAUCUAUGACUUUUUUCGUAACUUCUCAUGAUCAUCUGCACAACUCCUCCUCCUCCUCCUCCUCCGCUUGCCUUCUCUUCUUCCGUUCCUGCCACCUGUGUUCCUUUAUCAUCCGUUUCUUCUCUCGUGUAUUCUCAUAGUCUGGAUUCUGGAAUGUGUAUGUGACUCUAUUGUCCAUUAACAACUCUGGAUGCGCAUGUUUUAUAAAAAUAACUGUGAUUCAAUAUGAUGAUGACAAAUGUAUUUCGUGCUUGAUUUCGUUACUCAGAUA